AUGGCAAAAUUUUAUGAAAAUCUACAGAAGUCGCUUACAAGUUAUGAAGAUAGACCUAAAGCAAUUAUAACAGAACAAACAUUCAGCGAAUCUGCAUAUCUCAUUCGUGGCAAAGAUCGAAGAAGAUCAGCAUGGUAUUAUAUUCUUAUUCCUGCUAAUAAAUUUGCUGAUCUUAAAGUUCUACAAUCAGAUACAAAAAUUGAUAUUCCAAAUUUUGGCCGCUUGAUUGAAUAUCUUGAUAAUCGAGAUGAAAUUAAACCAAUGUCUGGAUGGGGAAUUAAUCCACCUAAAAUAAUUCAAACAUGGAUUGCAGAGCAUUAUGAUUCAGCAUCUAUUGAUGAAAACAUUAGUUUGAUUUACGAAAAAGAUGAUAUUCGAUUAUGUACAAUGCAACGUGCAAUUCCAGAACAGAAGUUAGGCUUUUUUCUAUGUUAUUAUCGAAAACAACAUUUUUAUUAUAUCAAGUUUUAUGAUGAUUCAGAAUCGAGUCUGGGGUAUCGAGCAGGCAUCAAAAAUUUUGAUCGAAUCAUUGUAUUAAACGGUGUUAAUAUUGAACAAGAUACAAUAGAUCAACUCUUGAGACGUUUCAAUGUUGAUCGACAUCUUCCAGUUCAAAUGCUUGUGUGCAGUCCAGCUACAUAUGCUCACUAUAGAUCGAAUGAAAAGCUUUUGCAUAGUGAUCUUCCAACUGUUCAACAUUUGAAACCUGUAUAUGCUACAUCAAUGUCGGACUUCAAUAGAGAUACACCAGAAAUUUCUGUUGAUAAUGAAAGUUUCUAUGCUGUACAGUGGGAAAAUGGCAGCAUUGUUUCUACAGUACCUCAAUCAGCGAUUUUCAAAUCAUCUGAAUUUACUAGUUUAAAUGAUAUCUGUUUUAUCGAAACAGAAGGACAAUAUCGAAAAGGACAAAUUAUUUUUCAAGGUAUAUGUACAACAUUGGAAAAACUGCCAAAUGAAUUAUUUUUCUAUUUAUUCACUUUCAUUGAUAUUCAAUAUUUAUAUAGUGCAUUUUGGGGACUUAAUUCACGAUUGAAUAAUAUUAUUCAAUCAUGCAAAAAUCUAUCUCUAACUGUCGAUGAGAAAAUUAAUCCAUUGUUGAUGAAAUUAUAUGCUCCUUAUGUAAAUCGAUUGAUUAUUCAGAUAUCCAUCGAUUGUGAUUUUAGUCAAUUUCCUAAUUUACAUACAUUGAUAUUAUGUUAUAGAAAUUUAAAUUAUCUAGCACAAAUUCAAUCGAAAAUUAUUCCCAAUCUGACUCAUUUAUCUUUUUUGUUAGGAUCAAAAUUUACUCCACCACGGCAAUUAAUUUGUGAUGUAUUUUCUAAUAAAUUUCCAUCUCUUCGUCACAUUAAAUUUGGCCAUAUCUAUGAAUCUACUUGUAAUUUAUGGACUAUAUCACCUUUUCUUCGAUUUGUGUCAAUCCUUUCUUGUAAACGAAUGACUGUUCUAGCCAUUCUUGCUUCAUGUCCCAAUCUUCAUCAUCUUCAACUUCGUGUUUUAUAUAAAAAAAAUAAUACUGUCCUAUUAUCUCCGCCAUUAAAUCAUUCACUUCGACGAUUUAUUCUUUGGAGUGAUUAUGCCGAACUAACUUAUAAUGAUAUUGAUAAUCUUCUUAGUUAUACACCCAAUAUUGAAUAUUUAUAUUUACAAACAGUAUACUCUAUGUCGUUUAUCGAUUUAGCUGAUAAUUUGAUCAAUCGACUGCAUCAUUUAUCUCAAUUCAAUUGUUAUAUUAAAGAAAUGUUGACCAAUCAUGAUCGAAUUGGUAACUUAAAUUGUAUACAUCGAAUUCAUCCUUGUUUUAAUCGAAUUCAAUGUAUAGAAGAAAAUGACAAAUUUCGAAUAUUUGCUACUAAAUAA